AUACAUAUAGUUCUCUGUCUCCUCCCCCAACACAACUUGCAUCCAUACUUGAUUCUGCGAAAUCAAUUGAGCGCCCGCCUCCUUUCUGUGUGUAAUUUGAGUCUUUCCCGUAGAGGUCCGACAUUAGGCGUGACCGUCUCACGCAGACAAACAUGGCUCCAGGUCCCCGCCUUGCCAACUUUCUCCGCCCAUUGAGCCUGAUCUGGUUCUCUAUUCGCCUGCACUGGGCAGCCUUCAAAGAGUCUUACCGACAAAACGGCCUCGGAGCACUUGGGCGCAUACCGGAAAUUCGAGAUGCCGCUUUAGCAAAGUUGUUCUGCAUAACCUCUGACGGUUUCAUCGCUUUCGAAGAUAAGACCAUUAUUCCCUCGCUCUUACAGGCCGCUAGCGGUGUUGUUCUCGAGUUGGGACCUGGGCCAGGCAAUCAAAUUCAUCGUUUUGACAUGUCUCGCGUUAGUCAAGUCUACGGUAUUGAACCUAACUCCAGCUACAAAGACGGCAUAAAGACCAAGGUGGAAAAACAUAACCUGGGGGAUAAGUAUAAGCUUAUUAUUUCUGGUAUCGAAGAUAGCCAAGUUUUAAGAGCGGAGGGGAUUACGGAAGGGAGUUUGGAUACCGUGUUGUGUAUCCAAGUCUUAUGCGCGGUUAAGGAUCCAAAGACGGUAAUGAAAGAGAUAUGGAAAUUACUUAAACCCGGAGGGAAAUUCAUAUUUUGGGAACAUGGAUGGAGCAGAAGCCAUUUGACGGCUGUAGAGCAAGCUGUUUUGAAUCCUGCUUGGAGCACAUUUAUCGGAUGUCAUAUGACCCGGAAUGUGUUGGCGGAUAUCAUUAACGGUGGAGAGUGGGAAAACCCCGAGGAUAUUGAGGAGCCUGAAGACUUGGUUAGUUGUUUGCCUAGGAUUCAGGGCGUGCUUGUUAAGAAGGCCUGAUCGGAGCCUGAUUAGAACGAACACCUCUACUAUGUGGACGCCGUAUCGAGUAGGGAAUAAAAGCGUGUCAUGAU